AUGGACGAUUUGAUCUUCAGGGAGCAGUCUUCGUCCGAUUCAUCGGUCAACCUCAAUGCCUCAGCAGUUCCGUCGAUCAUCGUCUGCAACACGGUGCUCAUCGUGAUUGCGAGCAUUGGGGUGCUGGUGCGUGUAUUCGUGCGGACCCAAUAUCUUUCCGGACUGGGGGCAGAUGACUAUCUGUGUAUAGUGAGCUGGGUGUUUACACUUGCGCUAUGCAUUCUGUGUAUAUUGAUGACCAACUAUGGCUUUGGAAAACACAUCGAGACAAUCCACGACACUGCAACCCUGGAGAUGUUCCUCAAGCUGGACUUCGCCACCAUGAUCGCCUACCUCAUCGCCCUGGGCACCGUCAAAUGCUCCUUCUGUAUCUUGUACCUCCAGAUUUUUCCGGGAAAAACCUUCCGCAUUAUCUGCUGGUGCCUGACAGCCCUGCUCGUGGCCGAAACAACCGAGGAGUGUCUGGUGGUGGUGUUCCAAUGCACGCCCAUCCAUAAAGCCUGGGAUUCGCAGGGCGUGGUCAAGGGGGAAUGUCUCUCUCUGACGGCAUUCUACUACAUCUCGUUUGGAAUCCGUCUGGCGACCGACCUGGCUAUUUUCGCCCUCCCAAUUCCCAAACUGGUGCGGCUGAAUAUGACCCGCGGUAAACGCGCGGGGUUGGUGUUCAUGUUUGGCCUGGGAGUUCUGGUCUCCGUGACGAGUAUCAUCCGGGCGACUUAUAUCAGUAAUUUCUCGCUGGACCACACGUGGACGCUGGUGAACCCACUCAACUGGUCCAGUGUGGAGGUGGCGGUGGCCAUCUUCAUCGCGUGCAUUCCUAGUUUCAAGAGUCUCAUCUCCUUCCGAUUCCCCGCCCUGCAGCGUCUGCUCGGUCUCUCCAGCAAGGGCGACUCGACGGGUCGAUCGCGCAUGUACGGCACCUCGGGCCGCCGCACCACGCAUGGACGGUCGCUGGCGCAUCAGAGCAUCAAGCUGGAUACAGUGACGGGCCAGAGUCGGGCAGACAUCGAGGCCAGCUUGAAUGGGUCGGAAGAGCGCAUCUUCCCGGUGCACGCGGGCAUCCAGAUCACGACGCAUGUCAGCGUCAACCAGAGUGAUUGA